AUGGAAUCAACUUCCCCCUCGUGGACGGCACGUGCCAAAAUAGCUCUCCAUUCCACCACUACGCGCACGAUUACACGCUUUACCCACUUGAGCAGGACAAUAAGCUCAAAGUCAACCACAGGCUUCCGUCCCCUACCAGUUACACUUUUCACCCUGGUCACAUAUCUCAGCCUUUUCACUGCAUUGAUCUGGACCGACCGUCGAGUUCCUGGUGUUGCAUCACGUAGUGAAUUGGAUCGUUGGGGUGUCAGUGUUGACGAGGCGUUCAAGGAUCUUGAGUUUCUAACAAGGACCCACCACCCGUACAACAGCAGAUCAAACGAUGGCGUUAGAGAAUACCUGCUAGCUAGAAUUCAACAAAUUCUCUCGGAAAACGGUGCUGGAGGCUUCAACGGGAGUGAUUUGGUGCAGCUUGGGGAUCGCUAUCAUGGCACGGUAGAGCUUAUCAAUGACGGUGCGGACUCAACGAAGGGAAGCAAUGCUACAUUUUUCCAAGAUAGGCUCGGCAGUACUGUGUAUUUUGAAGGAACGAACAUCAUGGUUUACAUACACGGCGAAAGACCAGCAUCAGAGCUCUCGCCUGCUCUCGUCAAUGCCCACUAUGACAGCGUUUCCACAGCGCCUGGCGCUACUGACGACGGAGUUGGCAUUGUCUCCGUGCUUCAGAUUGUCAAAUCGUUCACUCGUUCAGAGGCGAAGGGUGGAAAAAGGCUACAGAGAGGACUUAUUGCAUUGUUUAACAAUGGAGAGGAAGAUGGCUUGCACGGUGCACAUGCAUUUGCCGCGCAUCCUCUCGGACGGCUCCCCCAUAUGCUCUUGAACCUAGAAGGCGCUGGUGCCGGCGGAAGAGCUACACUAUUUAGAUCGAAUGAUUCUGCGGUGACAAGGUUUUAUCAGAAAGGGAAAAGGCCUUUUGGCACAGCAAUGAGCAACGAUGGGUGGAAACUCGGAUUAGUUCGGAGCGAUACAGACAAUUCAUUCUUUCACCGGUAUCUCGGUAUGAGAGGCCUUGAUGUGGCCUUUUACAAACCGCGGAGUCGCUAUCAUAACAUCGACGAUGAUAUGAAGCAUACUAGCAAAGGUUCAAUCUGGCAUAUGCUCGGGGGCUCUCUUUACACGCUACGCGCAAUGGUUGAUGAUACUAGCAGUGAAUUUGAUCAGAAUGGAGGCCCAGGAAAGGGCAAACCAGGUGUUUGGUUUGAUCUUUUUGGCCAGAAAAUGGCAGUAUUCGACCUGGAAACCUUGUUUAUCUGGACCAUAGUUCUGAUCGUCAUUCCAUCGUGCGUCGUUGCUGGGGGAAUCUAUGUAAACCGCGGCAAACUUCCUACAAUUCGUGGUGUCUCCCGAUUUCCAGUCGCCCUUGUGCUCGCAAGUGGCCUUUCCAUGAUUGCUGCCUUGUUAAUCCAUAAGGUCAAUCCGAUGAUUGUAUACUCAUCCUCAGACUCUGCCAACCGCGCUUGCCCGAGGAUAUGCCUGCGUCGAGAUGUUCAUGUUUUGGUUCGUAGGCAUGAUUGCGGUGGCAUAUGGCAGUUCGUCUGGGGUCACUUGUCGAUUAGUUCCACGGAGAACGCGAUCCCAUCGACCCCCGGAUCGGCCCCGAGAGCUUCGCAUGACGGAGAUGACUCGCCUGCCACCGAGACAACCCCCCUUUUCCGGAGCACCAUCGAUACCUCUGCCCGCUUCCGGCACAUCCGCUCCAGCAUUCCGCCACCGAAAGACGAGGACAUCUACGGGUCCGAAGAGAGCUGGAGCAAAGACCUCCCAACCUGGACCUGGAUCCCACAGUUCCUCUUCGCGGUCCCUCUGCAAAUCAUCUUCUCCGGCCAAAUCUCCCUCCUCCUGACCGCAGCGCUCGAGCAGACCGGCUGCGACGGCGGAAACACGGCAGUGCCCUACAUGAUCAUCGCCGUCUUCGCCACCGUCCUGCUCCUCCCCAUCGCGCCCUUCCUCCACCGCAUCACCCACCACGUCACCAUCGCCCUCAUCGUCGUCCUCGUCGCAACAGGCCUCUACAACCUCACCGCCUUCCCCUUCUCCUCCAGCGCACGCAUAAAGCUCUUCUUCAAACAGUCCGUCGACCUCCGCACCGGCGAGAACCUCGUCCACGUAAUCGGAAACCCCGCAUUCGUCGAGCGCGCAAUAAACUUCAUCCCCUCCGCCGCCACAGGCGGCCUCCACUGCGCACCCGAAACAGAGUACGCCCGCUACCAGACACAGACGCGCUGCUCCUGGCGCGGCCCCGCACCCAAUGUCGCGCCCACGGUACCCGGCGCAGCCGGUAACGGGACUGCCGCAUGGCUCGAACACAGCGUCACGAAGCUGCGCGAUGGCGAGGCGCUGGUAUCGCUCAAGGGCGCGAAUACGCGCGCGUGUAGGCUCUUCUUUGAUAACCGCAACAUCACAGACGUAGAGGUGCGGAACGGCCGUGGAGCGCCAGGACAGAGGGCGCCGAGGCUGGGGAACCCGAUUCCGGAGAUGGGGUCGCGGCAGGUGAGGCUUUGGAGCCGGGAGUGGGGGCGGGGGUGGGAUGUGGAGGUGUCGUGGGGUGGGGGGAUUAGGGAGAAGGGGGUGGAGAAGGAUGAGAAGGGUGGGAAGGGUGGGAAGGGGACGUUGGAGGGACGUAUCGUAUGCUUGUGGAGCGACGUGAACGAGAGGGGUGCUAUACCCGCUUAUGAAGAACUCAUGACGCAUCUACCGGCGUGGGCGGUCAUAACGAAAGUUGACGAUGGACUCGUCGAGGGAUGGGUGCCGUUUUCUGUCUAA